AUGGGAAAGCCAAAGGAGAACGUGUUUCCAAGAGGAGGAAGUGAUCAACUGCAACAAAUGAUUCUGAUUGACCAAAGCGGGGCACGCCGGGCUGUGGUUCGCGGGGUCUGCGGCUGCGCAGAAGCCCUGCGAGCAGAGGGGGCGGAGGCGGCAGAGCGCAGAGAACACGCCUGGGUCCGCUUCUCGUGGAAGGCUCUGGACGUGUGGGAGCAGCGGAGCUGUCCUCGAUCAGUUUGUAUUUCUGAAAAUUUUUUUAAGAGUUAUGAAGUUGCAACUGCCCUAGAAAAUCGAAGCCAUAAGGUUCGGUAUUCAGAUUCAGUGGAAAAUGGAUCAAUUAUAUUUUCUCUUUCUGGAGUUGCAUUUUUAUUGAUGGAUGCUAAGAAAUGCUUUAUGUCUGCUGAAGAAACAUUUCUAGCCAAAAUUGAGAAGUUUAUUAACAUUCACCGAAAUAGUUUUUUGGUUCUGUCUGCUGCCCUGCAUGGGCCUGAGGAAUGGAAACUGAUGUUCAGGAUUCAGCAGAGAUUCCUGGGUAGUAACCUACGGAUACUUCCAGUACACAACACAAUAAAUGCUAUUAAUCUUAUGUGCACCAUAGCUAAGAUCACCUCCAAACCACACACAGAUAGCAUCUGCUACAGAAUGAUAACAACUAAAGCUUACAUCAUUGAGCAAAGUCCAGUUUGGAAAACACUUCAAAAGAUAAAACUGAGUAGUGAUACAUUUAACCCAAAUUAG